UUAGUUACAGGAGAGAGGGCGUCGAGACGGUUAUUUUUGACGGCGCUCGCCUUCUACGGAAAACGUGCUAGUUAGCGUCAUCUCGCGUCCCGGCGCACCUCUCAAAUAUGUAGACUUUUAAGUGAAAUUAAUUUAAUAAAAAUCCCGAGUUAAUAAUGGUGGCAAUUUUCAACAGCGACCUAAUCGUCUAGACGAGAUUAUGAUUCGUUCGACCAGAAAUAAACAGAACUUACGCUUUUGUUUACAAAAAUGACUGUGAUUCUGUAACAUGUAACCGAGAAUCGUAUAGGUACUUAGUGUAAAUAUUACAAUACAUUCUGUGAUAACUUUUUAUCCUUAUGCGAAAAAAAGACUAAAAUGCAAUCAGAGGAAUUAGAUGACAGUAGCGGUAUAUCUAAGGCGCAUUCUCCAACGUUAGAAAUGACAAUCAACGUGACCGGUUCACCCAAACUUGAGCCUCAAUUUUCAUGCGACACGGAUUUCUCUCUAGACAGAAUAAAAUUGGAAUCGUACAUCGAAAAGAUCAUCCCAGAGUCGCCGCCAUGCUCGGACAUCAUUGAGGAGGACCCCACUUACAAGGAUAUGCUUCCUGAUGUCGCAGAGGCCAAUCUCGAACAAGACCCAUUUCAAAAUGUACAAGAACAACAUUCUAACGAAUCAAUCCGUAGUUGGUUGCAAAGGAUAACUCAUAUGCAAAAUGAAAUUCAGAAGAAAAUGGGGUUGGAACACAACGCAGUCCUCGGGCGUUCACCAUCGGAACCUGCAAAUAACAAAGUAAAUGCCCCCGUGCCCAAAGCGAACAAAGUUUUAAAGUACGAGGAUUUACCGUAUAUGGGCGAAAUGACCCUAGACAACUCAAAACCAAGACGAGGUAGAAAACCGAAGAAGGCCGACAUUUGCCACCUAAUCUAUAAAAAUUACGGUACAAUUCUUUCGGGUGCGCCUGAUUCGUCGAAGGAGCCGAGCGAACCCGAACAUCAUAAGAAAAAGCAAAGUUCCGCGCAUCAAAAGGAGACUGCAGCCUCAAAUACUAGUAAAAAUAGUGUACAAAAUAAGAUAAUAAGCAGUUUGCUAGAAAAAAGACUGACACAGGAAACGCGCAGGACCGAGUCCCUCUCAGAGUCACUAAUAGGAAAGCCAACUAAACCCCGCGAUCAGAAUCAAGACGAACCGUUAAACUUAUGCAUACGCGAUUUGAAUCAUCUGAAAAUUAGAUUAUUGCGAAAGAACAACAAAACUUACACUUCUGACGUUGCAGAAAUAAAGUCAGAGCCCCACAGCGACGAUGAGGUCGAAUUCAUCAAUGAAACAUCCUCACUUUCAAGCCCGGACACGAUAAACCCACCACUGGGCGACUACAACCCGAGCACCAUCCCAGCCGACUCCAAAGCGUUAGAAAAUGGAGUUACACCGGCGGGUUACAUCUACUGGCCCAAUGCCGGCGUUUUCAUACAUCCAAUGGCCUUACAGCAACAGCUGCUGUACUAUCAGCGAAUGGCCGCUACGAACAAUUACACAUUGCCGAGCCACAGUCCGAGACCGCCGCCCGAAGGAGCCGCAAAGCCGGCUGCCGAAUUGAGAAAGUUGGCGCCAAAGCUUCGGCCGAAGAAGCAAGAGCACGAAGAGCCAGCACCGUACAGCCCGGAACCGAAAACGAAGAGGACAGCGUCGAAUUCGUCCGAGAAGGCGCCGAUUAAACGGAAGCGAUCGGCCAUCUUCAUUCCCCCAAUUCCGACGGAGAACCAGACAAAUCCCGCUACGGAGGUGAGCAUAUGCAAGUUUAAAUUUACCGGCGGAGCCAAACCGAGCUUGCAAGAGAAGAAAAUGUUGUCGGUCGAUUCGGGCGGUAAUUUUCGCUACUACAGCGGGACGGGCGAUAAAAGUAUGAGGGGUUAUGAGUUCUUCCCCAGGGAGACGUUGCAGCAACAGGUGGAGAGCGCUCACGGAUCGAGUACGGGAGCGUUUCUUCAGGCGAGUGGCGAGAAGAUUUUCCCGCCUCCAAUCGAUUUCGCCGGCAAACAGGGUAAUUCUGAAGUAGCCCUUGCGCCCGAAAUAACCUCUCCUAGUCUAAGUAGCGUGCAGGAUUUAAAUUCGAGGCACAAGAAAAGGAAAUCGAGAAAGUCUCUACAACGAGAGAAAUUGGAGCAGACGUUUAAGGAGAAGGGCUUCUUGAUACAAACGCAACAGUUGGAGUCGGCGGAAGGCGCGACGUAUUGCAAAUUUCGCCAGCUUAGAAAGUUUACUAGGUAUUUGUUCAGGAGUUGGAAGGACUAUCUUCCUGGUAGUGUCAGGGAACUAAACGAAGGCGAGGAGGAAAAUGUACCCGACUUAGAAGAUUUAGCGAGACUUUCCGCGAACGAACUCAGUUCUAGUGAUUUGAACGGACCUUUAUAAUUCAUUUGUUUGAAAGGACCAAUUAACCAAAGAUUUAUAAAGACUAUUUUUAUAGUGAUAUUUAAUUAAUGUAAAGGACAAUUUUAAGCGAAUCUAAUGGUGCUACGACGUGGUAAUUUUUUUAAGUUUAUUUUGUCAUAAAUUCUAGUCUUACGUUCGUAUUUGCGGAGAUGUUUACUAAACGCAUGUAUUUUAUUUCGUCGUAUUUUAAUUCGUUUUAUAAAUGAACAAAACUUUAAUUUAUUUUAUGAAUUGCAAAAAUAACGAGUUCAUUCGUGAUUAUAAACAUGGAAGUAAAGAGAUUUUA